AUGACGGAGAAUAAGGGGGAUACCGCGGCAGAGACGAUAAAGGAGGACCUUCCUCCUAAGAGUGCCAGUUACGUCGAGGAGGCUGUUCUCGCAAGUCUGACGGAGGAGGAUGUCUGGAGGCUCUCUCAGGAAUCGCUGACCAUGUGGUCAUGGACGGGCGUGCGCCUGUGUCUCAUUCUGUUUGUCCAAGGAUGUAACCAGGCAGGUUUUGGUGUCGAUUGGGCUGUUAUCGGUGGCAUUAACGCUUACGACUCCUGGCAUGACUAUUUCGGCUUCGGGACUUCAGGCGGCACGUACGGCCUGCUCAAUGCGUUGAUGAAUAUCGGGAACGUCUGCGGCGCACCAUUCCUAGCUCUAUCUGAUAUCCUAGGCCGUCGGAGUGUCAACUUUAUUGGAAACCUCCUCGUCAUCGUCGCCUCCAUCAUGCAAGCCACCUCGCCAAACCUCAAGGUGUUCAUGGCCGGCCGGUUCUUCAUGGGCUUCGGUUCCGCCAUGCUCUCAAGCUCACAAUAUAUGGGUGAAAUCUCACCUGUGCAUCUACGUGGCCUUUUAGUCGGUAUAUUCGGCGCUUGCUUUCAAAUAGGUAGUCUGUGCAUGACCGCCGCCAUGAUUGGAAUCACCAAGAUAGAGGGAAACCUGCAAUGGCGCCUUCCGCUCUACCUCAACAUGAUAUUCCCCGCCAUCGUCUGCCUCCUAAUUUACGUCGUGUGUCCUGAAUCGCCUCGUUAUUAUAUCCAGCGCGGCAAACGCGAUGCAGCCAGAGCUGUAGUCGCAAAGUACCACACUACCAGCGGGGACAUCAACCAGCCCAUCGUCGACAUCGUCGUCUCCCAAAUGGAGGCCUCCAUUGAGAACGACCGAGCCGGCCACCAGAAGUUCUGGGACUACUCGGUUUUCUUCAAGCACACCGUUCGGUACCGCCUUCUGGUUCUCGCUCUAUACUCCAUCUUCCAGCAGUGGAAUGGCGGCGGCAUUAUCACUUAUUAUAUGGUCCCGGCCCUCGAAACAAUCGGAGUCAACGGUGACAUGCAGCAGCUCGGAAUACAGCUAGGCACAACGGCAGUAUACUUUGUUUUCACUGCGGUUGGCGCUGUCAUCAUAGAUCGGUUCCGCCGGCGCACCAUGAUCUUCACCGGCUUAGCUACAAUGAUUCUCUUCCAGACGACGACGACAAUCACUUCCUGGCAAUAUGAUGUCAAUGGCACUAAAGCAUCUGCGGCUCUAACUAUUCUAUGGAUCUACCUCUACCAAACCUUCUCCGCCACCUUUGUUGCGACGAUGCAUAAUCUCUACCCCAUUGAAGUCCUAUCUCUGCCCCUUCGAGCGAAGGGGAUGGGAUUAUUUGGCGCGAUUCAAGGCGGGGCUGGGGCAGUUCAGUCAUAUGGAAUAAGCGUAGGAAUCGAGAAGCUAGGUUACAAGGUGUGGGUUGUGUAUAUCGCAUAUAACACGAUCCAGCUGGCGCUCUCAUACUUCAUCUUUCCCGAAACGUCGAGGCUAUCGUUGGAGGAAAUCGAUGCCAUAUUUGAAACCCCAGGAACAAAGCCUGUGAAAAUGGCUAAUAACAUUUACAAGGCUAAACAGCUCAGUCGUGGCGGAACUAUUCCCUGA